AUGCAUAAAACCAUGACCAUAUUCACCCGACUGAAGAAGCUCAUUAAGGAGGAAACCUCGAAAAGAAACGCCCUGAAGCUGAUAAAGUGGCUUCAGAAGAGGAAACUGCUAAAAAGAAAAGUCAAAUGCAAAAUAUGCCAUCAGGAUAUGAAACUGAAAAAGAGGACGAACAGUGGAGAUCUAUAUGCUUGGACCUGUCGCCAUGCAGCACAUAAGGGAAAGGAAAAACAAAAAUCCAUCAGGCACAAGUCAAUCUUCAGUCAUUCAAAGGUCUCCCUCAGUAACUGGAUGCAGUUCAUGUACAGAUUUUGUCAGGGUCUACGAUUACGACAGAUUGAUAUGAUGGAUGACACAAUUGCAGCCAGUUCAACCACUCUCACUACAAUGACAAAAAAAAUAAGGGAGGUUUGUGUCACAGCAGUGGAAAGGAUGAGAAGGCGUACAGGCCAACAGAUUGGUGGAAGAAGGGAGUUUGUUGUGAUCGAUGAGAGCCUUUUUCGGCACAAAAGAAAGUAUGGGAGAGGAAGAAUGGCUGGUGGGUGGAAAAGAAAGAAGUGGGUCUUUGGGAUGUUAGGUGUGAGGCAUCAUCAAGGACGAAGAAAGCCUAUUCUACGUCUUGUGGAGAGAAGAUCUCGAAGACAUCUGAUCCCCUUGAUUGCCCAUCAUGUGAGGCUUGAAUCUACAGUUAUCAGUGAUGAGUGGCGUGCGUAUCGCAUACUCUCUACACUAGGGUACAAUCAUCACACUGUCAACCACAGCAGGUGGUAUGUAGAUCCCCAAACUGGUGCCCAUACCCAGCAUCUUGAGAGGGCCUGGAGAUCCUACAAGGAGCAGAUCUGGAGGCUUAGGGGAAAUCGCACUGACAGUUUGCUUUCCGACCACCUUUCAGUGAUUGAGUGGAAUGAAUGGCUCGCAAAGAAACACUGUAAGGGUGCAUUUGGCAGACUGAUUCAUGACAUUUCCAAAAAAUACAAAUAGUCAUAUGCAGUCACUGUAACCGUUGUUAGCAAGACUUUCUUUCUGUGAGACAAAUUCCAAGAAUUCAGUGCACUUUGUUUUUGUAGUGUUGUAAAAUUCAAAUGUGUUGAGUAUAUUUAUUUUGUCUGUCUCAAAUAAUUUUUAGACGUUUCUUUGAGAUAGGAUUUAGAAUUACGUUAAAUUGUGUGUGUAAAUU